AUGAGAAGCCUCGUCUACCGGAAGGAGAGAAAAUGCUGCAUCUGCAUGGUGAGCGAUUUUUUCUACCCAAACUUGGGAGGAAUAGAAACGCACAUCUUUGAGCUGUCCAAGCAGUUGAUAAAGAAAGGCUUCAAAGUAAUCGUGGUGACCCACUGCUACAACAACCGGCACGGAGUGAGGUGGAUGGGGAACGGCAUCAAGGUGUAUUACCUGCCCUUCGAAACCUACAUGGACGUGGUGACCUUCCCCAACAUCGUGGGGACGCUACCCUUGUGCAGGAACAUUUUGUACAGGGAGAGGGUCGACAUCGUCCACGGCCACCAGGCGACGUCCGCGCUGGCGCACCAGUUCAUCCUGCACGCCAAGUCCCUCGGCCUAAAAACCAUCUACACGGACCACUCGCUCUACAGCUUUUCAGACAAGGGGUGCAUCCACGUCAACAAGCUCCUCAAGUAUUGCAUAAACGACGUCGACCACUCCAUAUGCGUCUCGCACACCAAUCGAGAAAAUCUCGUUCUAAGAACCGAAAUAAAUCCCUACAAAACGUCCGUCAUCGGUAAUGCACUGGACACGAGGAAAUUCGUUCCCUGCUUAAGCAAACGACCCAAGUUGCCAAGAAUAAACGUAAUCGUGAUUAGCCGACUGACCUACAGGAAGGGAGUCGAUCUGAUUGCCAAAGUGAUUCCUCUCGUGUGCCACAAGUACCCCUUUAUCAAAUUUAUAAUCGGUGGAGAUGGGCCCAAGAGAGUUCUACUGGAAGAAAUGAGGGAAAGAAAUCACCUGCACAAUUCAGUUGUUCUUUUAGGAAAAGUGAAACAAGAAAAUGUAAAAAAUGUUCUGCAAACGGGACACAUAUUUUUAAAUGCUUCUCUCACAGAAGCCUUUUGUAUAGCCAUCAUCGAGGCGGCUAGCUGUGGGCUGCUGGUCAUUUCGACUGACGUUGGGGGCAUUUCGGAGGUGUUGCCCCACGACAUGAUGAUUUUAGCCAAGCCCAACCACCUCGACUUGUGCGCGGCGGUUGACAGUGCCCUGGAGAGGCUGAAGCACGUCGACUCGCAGGCCUUCCAUGAACGGCUAACCAAGAUGUACUCCUGGGAAAAGGUCGCCGAGAAGACGGAGAAGGUCUACAUGGACGUGCUUUCCUACGCGAACCCGACCAUCCUCAGUAGGAUCAAAAAGAUAUACGACAUAAACACCGUUUUUAGCAAGGUGUACAUUUUCAUAAUCAUGUUGAGCUACAUAAGCUGCCGGUUGCUGGAGUGGCUCAAGCCGAGGUAG